AUUUCACCACGUGUAAACAUCCCCCAAAGAAGGGUUGCACUUUAGAAAGCCGAGAACUUACUCCCUGUAUAAUAGCUUUCAGAAUACAUGAGCCCCAGGUCCUAUACACGGGUAUACUCGGCACAUCCGCCUAUUACCCCCCACCCAGCGUCCCCUGCAGCGCCGUGCACAUGGCCGCCCUGUGGAGGUGACCUGCUGUGUACAGCACACCGCCCUCCCUCUCUUUACGGCUCUUUCUUCCAGAUAGCGGUGCGGGCAGGAGGAGGAGGUGAUGAAGAAACACAUGGCGGGAGCAGAUAACCCGCCGGCCUCCCGCACACACCGGCAGCUGUAAACCCUAGUCUCGGACGUGGUGACCUGCGGAGGGCGCUGUCUUCUGUUCUCGGCGGUCAGAGGAAGCACAGAGGAGUCCUGCGCGCGGUGCACUGCACAGAGGCAGCAUGGGGCAGAGGGGCUGCUGGCUGAUGGGAGUUGUUGUCCUGACUUUCCUGCAUGUUUCUAUAUCGUCUAAACUGAAUAUCCCCAAAGUGCUGCUGCCCUUCACCCGAGGGACCAGGAUAAACUUCACCCUGGAGGUGACUGAGGGCUGCUACAAGUGGUCAUCAACCAGACCCGAAGUUGCCAGUAUUGAACAUGUAAACAUCGACGACGGUCAGUGUUCACAGCGGGCCAUGGUGCAAGCUCGUGCAACCCACCCCACACGGCUAACCAGUAUCAUUUUUGCAGAAGACAUAUACACUGGACAGGUCCUUCGAUGUGAUGCAAUUGUGGACAUAGUUCAUGACAUUCAGAUUAUCUCAACCACAAGAGAACUUUACCUGGAGGAUUCGCCGCUGAAGCUUAAAAUACAAGCUUUAGACUCUGAAGGUAAUACGUUCAGUACGUUAGCUGGCAUGGGCUUUGAAUGGACAGUGGUGAAGGAUGCCGAUGUGGACGGCUACUCUGAUUCCCAUAAUACAUUACGAAUCCUGAAGUUCUUGGAGUCUACCUAUGUGCCGCCAGCCUAUAUAUAUGAGAUGGAAAAAGUAGCAAAACAGGGUGACACAAUUUUGGUGUCUGGAAUGAAGACUGGAAGCUCUAAACUCCGAGCAAGAAUGUUGGAAUCAGUCUAUGAGAAUGUGAAACCCGCGGAGGUCAGACUCCUUAUUCUAGAAAACAUUCUCCUGUAUCCGGCUUCUGAUAUUUAUCUACUUGUUGGAUCCUCUAUACGAUACAAAGUGCAGAAGGUCAAGCAGGGGAAGAUCACUGAUUUAGCCAUGCCAUCUGAUCAAUACCAUUUACAGCUUCAAAACCAUAUUCCUACCCAUGUGGAGAACAAGGAUGCACCGGUAGCUAAGCUGGACCAGAGAACCUCCACGGUCACUGCAUUACAGAAGGGUCAAACCAGCAUUGUGCUGCUUCAUAAAAAUAUUCGUAUGCAAGGUGCCUCAAGGCUGCCGAAUGGUACAAUCAUCGUGGUUGAGCCUGGAUAUUUAGGUUUUACUGUCCACCCUGGUGAUAGGUGGGUUCUUGAAACUGGACGAUAUUACGAAAUAACCAUUGAUGUGUAUGACAAGUCUAGUAAUAAGGUCUACUUAUCAGAUAAUAUACGUAUUGAAGCGAAGAUACCUAAAGAAUACUUUGAUGUUCUGGAAUCAUCCCUGAAUGGUUCAUACCAUCGCGUGAAAGCCUUGAAGAGCGGUCAAACAAUUAUUGAUGCAGCUCUAACGUGUGUGGUUGAUGAGGAUGGGGGUGUUCAUGUGUUACCAAAUCCAGUGAGGAAUCAGCAGGAAGUCGAGAUCUACCCACCAAUUUCUCUGUCACCCAAAAUCCUAACUUUUCCCUGGCAGCCAAAACCCGGAGCCUAUCAGUAUACAAUUCAGGUGCAAGGUGGAAGUGGCAAUUUCACAUGGUCUUCCACUAAUAAUGCUGUGGCCACUGUGACCGUCAAAGGUUUGAUGACAACUGGAGAUGACAUUGGUGUCAGUGUCAUACGCGCUCGAGAUGUUCAGAACAUUCUACAUUACGGAGAAAUGAAGGUAUUUGUCAUUGAACCCACUGGCAUGCAAUUUAUACCUUGCCCAGUGGAAGCCAGACUGGGGAAACAACUUCAGCUGCCUCUCAGGAUAUUUGGCGUCUUAAAUGGAGACAACAAAGUGGUAACACUUAGUGACUGUUCGCACUUUGACUUGGCUGUAGAAAUGGAGACACCUGGGAUAUUUAAGAUACUGCCAGGAAGACUCAAGCCUGGUGCUGACUAUUGUAGCGGUAUUACAGUUGAAGCUGAAACACCAGGAUACACAACUAUAUUUGUCAGCUACACACACCGUCAUGUACAUCUUAAAGCUAAAAUCAUUGUGGCUGCCUACCUACCAUUGAAGACUAUUGACCCACUAUCAGUAGCUCUGGUUACAUUAGGUUCAUCGAAGGACAUGGUAUUUGAAGGGGGGCCCAAGCCUUGGGUCCUCGAACCUUUAAAAUUCUUCAGGAAUAUAUCUGCAGAAGAUAAGGACAGCAUUGGUCUGUUUCUGCUUGACACCCCAUUAUCCCGCAACCAUUUCCAGCACUGGGUUAGAACUGUUUGCAGAGACCUUGGUGAACAGAUAAUGUCAAUGUCUGUUGGAAACCAGCCCACCGAGACCAACCCAUUUCCAGCAGUUGAGAGUGUUAGUGUGAAGCUGGCUUGUGCUCCUCCAUCACGAUUUACUGUGACUCCUGUGUACAAGCAUUCUCAUAUGGAUCUCAUCUGCCCCCUGAUGCAGCAAGAAAAGCAAGUGAUUCCAGUUUCCAACUAUCGUAAUCAGUUGCUGCAGUUAUCGGCCUAUGAUCACCAUGGUAGAAAGUUUGAUAACUUUACUUCUUUAGCUGUUGAGUGGGAUUCAUCCAAGGUGCCCUUAGCCAACUUUGAUGCUUCAAAACCCAUGGAGUAUAUUCAGAAAGAAGAUGCAGGCGGUCAGAGGAAGAUGCAUGGCCUGAACACAGUUCAUGUUCAUCAGGUAUCGGGGACAGCAGUUAUUACUGCCACAGCAAAUAAUUACCAGGAGUCUCAUCUCAGAGCUGCCAACGUAAGAACACUGAUUAAAACACUCACACCAGUUGCUGCUAGUCUAGAGCUUCUACUUGUGGAGGAUGUGAGGGUGAACCCGGGAUCAAUUUCCAUCUAUAAUCAUCCAAGUGUCACGGCUGAAUUCACAAUCGUGGAGGGGUCUGGGUAUUUCUUCAUUAACAGCAGUGUUCCCAAUGUUAUUGAUACAACUUUUCACGAAUCUAAAGGAGUAGUGACGGUUUAUCCUUUGCGUCCAGGAACGCUAUCCGUCAUGGUUUACGACCUUUGUCUGGCUUUCCCUGCCCCAGCCACCGUUAACGUUCAAGUGUCGGAUAUCUUCCAGGUGGAUGUUCGGAUGGUUGACAAGGUAGAAAUUGGGAAGACUGUUAAAGCCUAUGUGAGGGUCCUGGACUCCUCUCAAAAGCAAUUUCUUGCUAAAUAUUUUACCUAUAUGAACUUGGAGCUGGGAUCGUCCUCACAAAUUGUGUCGAUCAAAGCCCUGAGUGAAAACGUGGAUGAAUUUACAGCUGUCUAUGCUGUCAAAGGUCUCGCCAUAGGACAGACAAGUCUCACUGCAUCUGUUGUUGACAAAGCUGUUAACAAAAUAGACUCUUCACCUAGACCAUUAGAGGUAUUCCCUCCAUUCCAACUUUUGCCAAGACGAAUUGUACUCCUUAUUGGUGCUACAAUGCAGAUAACGUCAGAAGGAGGUCCACAGCCUCAGUCCAACAUCAUCUUCUCGAUCACUGAUCAGAAUGUCGCCUCUGUAAACAGUAAUGGAUUGGUGAAAGGGGCAAAAGUGGGAAAUGGUACCGUGACGGGCGUCAUUCAGGCGGUUGAUACGGAAUCUGGAAAAGUGGCCAUAGUUUCUGAGGAUAAAGUACAGAUUGAGGUAAUUCAGCUAAAAGGUGUCCGGAUUCACGCCCCAGUCACCAGAAUGAAAAGUGGCACACAGAUGCCAGUUUAUGUUAUGGGAAUAUCUAGCAGCCAAACACCGUUCACCUUUGGUAAUGCUGUUCCUGGUCUUACUUUCCACUGGUCGGUGAUAAAACGGGAUUUUAUAGAGGUGAAGAGCAGGCAUGAUGAGGCAUCUAUUAAUCUACCAGAACAAUACAACUUCGCUAUGAAUGUUUAUGCUAAAAUGAAAGGAAAAACUGGACUAAGAGUAACGGUACGAGUAACAAACACUUCAGCAAAUCAGUUCUUUGGCCAGACACGGGAAUUCUCAGAUGAGGUUCAGAUUCAGGUGUUUGAACGAUUACAUUUAAUAAACCCAAGCAUAGAAGCUGAGCAGAUACUUAUGUCUCCGAAUUCUAACUUGAGGCUGCAAACAAACAGGGACCAGGCAGCCACUGUUAAUUACCAGCUACUGAAUGGGCCAAACAAGUCACCGUUCGUACAGGUGGACAGUAAUGGUCUUCUGACCUCAGGCUCUCUCACUGGAGUUUCUACCAUAGAGGUUAUUUCUCAGGAACCCUUUGGAAUCAACCAAACCAUUAUUGUGUCAGUGAAGGUAUCACCAAUUUCAUAUAUGCGCAUUGUGACCAGCCCAGUUAUACACAUUGAAAGCGGCCAUUUACUGUCUGCAAUUCCUCUGGGGGCUACUUUGGGUUUCUCAGCUCGUUUCCAUGACAACACAGGCGAGGUCUUCCAUGCACAGAAUUCCAUUCUCAACUUUGCAAUUAACAGGGACGAUUUUAUACAGAUUGGAAAGGGGUCCACAAAUGACAGCUUUAUUAUGCGCACAGUCAACGUUGGUUUUACAAUAUUUAGGGUAUGGGAUACUGAGAAUUCUGGAAUUUCCGAUUAUGUUCCUAUCCCUGUACAGCACAGCAUUUACCCAGCUGUGAAGGAAGAAGCUGUAGUUGGUGAUGUAAUAUGUUUUGCGUGCGCAAUAACUAGUCCGGAAGGGUUGACUGGGACCUGGAGCUCUUCCUCUAGUGUCAUUCUACAAAUUGAUCCUAGAUCGGGUGCUGCUUUAGCUAAGGAACCUGGACUUGCUACUGUGUAUUAUGAAAUUCCAGGGUUGCUGAAGACGUACCGAGAGGUGCUAAUACGCUCUCCACAGAGAACACGGGUUGUGGAUGCAAACGGAGAGAAAAUCAAUUUGCAGUCUGCAGAUAGUCUUAAAUUUCUUGUUAAUAUUGGGGAAAAUGGCAACAAUUUGAAAGGGGAAUGUUCUUCUGCCCAGAUUGAAGCAAUUCAAGAUCUUCACCCAGGGAAUCUCAUCCAUUGCCACCUGCAUCUUAAAGAUCAGAAUCCUGAUGUUCCACCUCCUGAAAUAUUUUCUGUUAAGACAGGAUUUGAUGCAGAGACAGGUCACUACACCUGUUCCCUCUCAAGACAGCAGCUAUCAGAGAGCCAGCUAAAACAUCUCAGCAUGGGGGACACGUCUCUUACUGUAACAGCAUCCGUGCUUGGGAAUCAUGUCUACAGAGAGCAGAUCAGUGCGCUCGUGUCUGUUUACCCUGGGUUUUAUGCCAAUCAGAAGGAAAUAGUUCUAAGUAAUCAUUAUACAACAGCCGACAUUAAGAUAUUUGGAGCUGCUGAAGUUUUGAACAGUCUAGAGGUAAAGGUUGGAUCUCCAGUGGUGUCUGUCUAUCGAAAAGAAAAGUCGUCUGGAGUUCCCAGUUUUGUAACCUAUGAAAUUGGCAUUACUGAAGUACAGGCUUUAAACCAGGGAUCAUUUUCCACAUCGCUUUCUGUUUCCAGUUACAUUUCAGGCCAAACCCUAGAUGUUCCCAUCAGACUGAUGGCAGCAACUGGCCCAGCAUAUGUGCCUUACACCGGGGAGCAUGGCUUCUACAAGACCUUUAUGGACUCUUAUCCCGUGUUCUUCUUCACCUUGUUUGCUCUGAUCGCCGGGGCAGCCAUUGCGAUCAUAGCUUUCUCACCAAGGGAGACUGUUAAUCACCCAGCGUUCAUCUCCACCUCACCUCCUCGGUCUGCACAAAACAAUAGUUUUACAUCUGGAUCGCCAACAAAUUAUUCCAAUCACCACAGUCCAAACUGGAAGAAUCCCGCACUGUGGAGUCCAGACUAUGGUUCCAACUAAAGAAACAGGAUUUACCAAAGAGCAGAUCUAUUUAAUUUGAGUGCCUUUUGUAUUGCAUGUGUCGUGCAGUGCAGCAUGAGGCUGACCUUUUUAUGCUUUGUUUGUCGUGUUUGAUGGUUGGGUUUAUGCACACAAGGCCAUUUUACUCUUCCUGAUACGUGCGAGUCCCACUGGGCUGCUUGGGCCAGUAUCUAUCAGACUAGAGGGGUUACUACAGCCAGUAGGAAACCUUCAGAUGUCGGCAGCCAUUGUCGGCGCCGUCCACUUGAUUUCAUUAAUGGAGAGUUAUGAUACUCGUUUGCGUUAACCCUUUGAUUGUUCGGUACGUUUAUUUUUUAUGAAGAUCAGAUGGAAUAGUUUUUUUUACUGUUGUAAUUUUAGUUGUUCGUUUCAAGAAUUUUUUAUUUUUUUCAUUCCUUAUUUUUCUAGUCUGUCUCUCUCUAAAACGAGAUUUGUGUUUUUUGUAAUUUUUAGUUGACUCUAUGACCACUUUGCCUUCAAGUAGAACUUAGAUUGCUUUGUGCGUUACAGCUCGUUAUGUUUAUCUCAGGAAUAUUUUGCACUGAUUUAGUAACUGUAGCCUUGCAAUGUGAGCCUGACCAAUUGGAAAUGCAUAGCUGUGAAUUCAUCCUGUGCACAUUUAUCCCCAGGAGCGACAAGCAUGUCAAGGCCACAAGGCCCUGCUGUACUGCUAGCUUCUGGCUGCUCCACACGGCAUAGUUUUUUUAGUGCUAAUGUGUGAGAGGUGUCACGAUCAUAAAUUAUGUUGAGAAACCAAGAUCACCAGGAUCAUUUAGUAUUUCUGCAUGGGAGUAGACUGCCCGGAUCUUCCCUGCUUAUCAUAAUUGAUUGGAUCUCCUGUAGUUUGCUUUGCUUGAUUUAGCCGAUCAUUAUUUUACAACUGGACAAAAUGUCAGUCAAAUCCAGAUGUUUUCUGAGCAGACAGAAGUCUUUAUUACA